AUGAACACGGCAAGUGCAGUGAUAACUUUCUUAUUUGUCGUCAAAUUAAUCAGAACAGAAGACUGUGACGUCAGAAUGUGGUAUCUGAAAUUAACAUCACAGGGAGCUUUUGACGGGAAACUUAGUGAAGAACAAAUUAUCAUACGAAAGACUAUCAACGAAAUGGUUUUGAGAAGCAAAAAGGACACAUCAAAAGGAAAAGUCAGUUGUGAUAUUCUAGAAAUGUACGAGGAGAUGCUAAAACCUGACGACGAAGGAGAUGUGAAUGAUACACAAAAAGACAACGAAGAAAAUAAUGACCAGCAAAGAAGUGAUUCUGAUACAACACAGGAAGUUGCGUCAUCUGAUGAUUCAGAUGGAGGCUCCACAGCCGGGACUACAGCAGAAACAGAAGAAAGCGAGUCAAAAUCAAAUGAAGAAAUGAAAUCGAGCGAAGAUGAUUCAUUGUUAAGCGGUAAUGCUAACGACGACGAAACGAACAAUGCAUUGGACAAUAGUGGAGGUGCUACGGUUAAAUCAGCAGGCGAGGACACAGAGCAAGACACUUCACACGAGACUGAUAAUGAUGAAACAGAUACAACCGAAAAUGAAGAAACGGAAGUAGAUGAAACAGAACUGCUUUCUGAUGAUUCAUAUGACGAUGACGAAGAGGGAGUAGAGGAGGAAGAAGAAGACGAGGAGGAAACGAAGACAUUGAAAAUAGUUGAAGAAAAGAUAUUAUCAGAUGAUCCAUCCAAGGAUUUAGAUAAAACUGAACAUGAAAGUUUAACAUCUUCAUCAAUUGAGGAAUUUGAUGAAAGAACAUCUGAUGAUAACGAUAGAUCUGUAGAAAUUAGCGAGGAAACUUUAGUCAGUGAUGAUGAUUCUACAGAUAAAAGCAAGGAUGAAAAGGAUGAAAACAGAAAAGUCGAAACUAAAGAAACGGAUGACACCAAAGGGAUGGAAAAUGAACCGUCAGAUAGACAAACAAAUCAGAAAGGAAAUGAAAAAAACGUAGGUGAAGAUAAAGACAAGCAAACUGCGGAAAGUGCAGCGAUCGAUGCGGACAGCACACAGGAAACAAACGCAGAGGGAAUGUCUGGUGUUGGUGAAGAAUUGUCAGACGAAGAAAGCAACGACAAGGAAAAAUACACCAAGGAGAUUGUUAACCAAAAGGAAAAAAGUGAAGUGGAGGCUAGUGUCGGGGGUUUCAGUAACACUGAGAAGAAAAAAGGGGACAUUUCCAGACUAUCGUCUAACACACCCGUUACCGAUUCAGUAAGAGAACAUGAGCACGUUCCUUUCGGAAUGUGUAGGGCAAUAUGUAGCUACCAGUUUGAUAUAUUCGAUCUCGUGCAGAACACGGUUGAAUUUGUAGAAAAUACGACACUUAGUAAUCAAACGAAACUACAAAAUAGUUUUAGUCAGGAAAAAUCGAAGUUAGAUCAAGAUAUUAGUGUAUCAAGAUUAUCCUCCCCGGUGACCUUAACUUACAAUAGACUUGUGUGUUCACCAUGUAGUCUUCUGUUGCAACACUCUACAUCGAACACUUCUUGUAGUGGAAAUAGUGUUGGAAGUAGGUUCAAUGGAUUAAAAUCAAACGAAACGCAAACAAAUCAAAAGAACACUAAGAGUGAUUCUCAUAUAACCAAGGAAACUACACUAGGAAUGGAAACAUCAAAAUCUGGAAAUGAGAACGAGACAGAAAAAGACAUUUUGGAAACACCAUCAAGAAGUAUAAAGGAAAAGUCAGAUACACAAAGUCAUUCUAAAGAUGAUGAAAAAACCGACGAGAAAGAUACAGAUUUAAUUGGAGCUAGCAGCGGAGGCAAAACAGAUAUCACUGAUACUGUUGCUACAGAAAAGAUAGAAGACAAUCAAGGAAACGAUUUGUCUAGUGACAACGACAUUCGAAUGUCAGAUAGUGAAAUCUCAUCACUAGACGCAAACUCUGACCAGCCGAAAAUUGUCAGAGAUGGAGAUGAAAACAAAGGGAAUGAUGAAACCACAGAGAAGACCGGACCAGGAAUUGAACAAAAGACAAAACAGGAAACAAACUUUCAAGCAAUAUCAGAAACUACAGUUAAGGUUUUAACACCAGAAACGGACACGGAGGAUAAGAGCAGCAGUGACAAUGAUGACAGACGAAAUGACGAAAUGUCACCAACAGUAGAAAUAGGAGACUCGAAAGUGAUAGAGAGUGAAGUGUCAGGGAUGAAAUUAGAAAUCGAUAAGCUGAAAAAAUCAGAAAGAACUUUUGAUGGGAAACAAACAGAAAUUGAAGAAAAACGAACAAAAGGUGAGCAUGGAAAAGUUGACGAAAAACAACCUUCAAAGGAAAUCAAUAGUAAGGCUACAAGCAUGCGAGACCAAAAUCAUUUUCUCGAACAAAUUCAAUCAAAUUUUGAUGAUUUUCAAGAACAAGUGGUCAGUAAAACAGAGAGUUAUUCAAACAAACUUCAGAAUCUUGAGCUGAUGGUCGUUAGGUUGGAAAAUCAAUUAUUGAAGGAAAAACUUAACAAAAACAAUCACUCAAGUACUAUUACAAGGAUGGAAAAUCAUAUACUUCGACUUGAGAAUGAACUAUUGAAGCUUAAUCAGAGUUACACUGAAAUCAAAGAAAAGAGCGAUUCAAUGGUGAAGGAUCGGAAGAAAUAUCUUGAACUCGGCCAUAACUCCCAACAAACACCAGCUUAUGGGUACUCUGCUGUAAGCGGACGAAUCCAUCCCAUCAGUGUUGACUUUCAGGCAAAGAUCACCUACUUGACGAAACUUUUGAGUAAUCAGUCUAUGACUAUAAGGCAACUUAAGUCGAGAUCUGAAUAUUUGGAGGACCAGAAUCGACUGCUUUAUAACAUGAUCAUGAAUCAAACAGCGUUGAUGACCCAGAUUAUGACCAGAGUUCAGGACCUUACAGAGCAAAAUAUUCAACAGAGAUUCGAGGCACAAAAAAUCCGACAGCAGAUGGAGCAAAUUGUAAACAAACGGAGCGUGACCGAAACAACAGACAAGUUUCUGUUGUAUAAACUGGAAGAAAUGGUGUCAGAUGUUCGAAAAACAACAUUGGAAGAUGACGAGAUGAAAUUAAAACAAGAAAAAAUGCCUUCUGUGAAUAAGAAUAAAUCUGAAGAGGAACUUGAGAGAUACAUGCUAAAUGAAAGUGUGAAGAAAACAGAACCCUGGUGUGGGGCUUCCUCCGGAACUUGCGUUUUCGCAACGUUUAUCAAAUCGAUAUGUGUUCCUCAUUCACUACUUCAAUGGAAAAAAUGCAAACAGGAUAGAUCUGAAGAAACACAGAAAAAUAUCUUGAAGACACCAGGACCUUCAACACUUGAACUGGGCAAGGAAAUUAAUGUUGACGAAAAUUCGUCUUCUAAAGCACCUUCAGUUAUCGACAGAAAGGAAGCAGCUUCCAAAUCAGAAGUCUCCUCGAACAACGAAAUGAAAAAAAUGAAAAAAAAUUCCCCAAAUAAAAAAUCUGCAAAUGAAAACAUCCAUACGGUUGAUACUAAAGUUGACGGCAGUCAAACUACCGAACAAAAAGAAGGGCACACAAAAGAUACUGUGAAGACAACGUCUGAAAAUAAAGAACAUGAAAAGCAAGGAGAUUCACAUACCAAUAAGGUACCUGCUACACAUGAAACUCAACAGGUUGAAAAAGAAGGGGACAACGUUAAAGAUGCUUCUUUGCUAAAAGCCUCACAUGCUAAAGAGAAUGAAAUAAAUGGAAACGAUGUAAAUUCUAACACAACACUCCCCACUGAAAGCCGAAAAGUAGUAGAAAAGGAAGACGACGUAAAGAAUACUGCGCCAGAAGUAGCUAAAGUCACUGAAAGGCAAGACAAGCAAGUCGAUAUUUCUUUAACGAAAGAAGGGGAAUCAGGUACUACCACAAAAGAUGUGCUUAGCCAAAAGUUAUCAGACAAUAACUCUAAAGCAACUGAUGGUGAUGAAAAAGUGAAGAGGUCGGCGUCAAAUACAGAAAAACAUAAAUCCGAAAUAAUUGAAAAAGAGGAAAGACCUAUAGCCGGAGAAGAAAAAGACAAAAUGCUCCUGGAUAAAAAAUCGCAAGCAGAAGUCGAGAAACUAAACACAGCCGAGGACGCACAGUCUCAAAAACAUACAGGUUCCUCCAAGGAAUCAGACUUAGAGAAAGUACCUCAAAGUUCGAAACAGAAAUCCACAGAAAAUGCCGACAAGGUAAUGGAUGAUACUUCUACGAAGAAGAAAGCAGAUGCAAACAAUGCAAAGGAAUCAAAACCUGAAACACCUGAGACACAGCAGGUGCAGGACAAAAAGGAAGCUGUUAAAAAGGAGGACGUCAAAAGUCUUAAAAAGGAACAACAAAAGAAAGAAAAGCCAAAGACGAAGGAAAAAGAGAAAGUGGUAAACGUUAAAUCUGCAGAGAAAAAAUCUAAGGAGCCUUUGAGGAAACCGAUAAAGUACCAAGCCAAUGGACAGAAAGAGCCAAAAGAUUGCUAUGACUACUACAAACGUGGUAAGCAAAAGAACGGUGUAUUCAAGAUCAAACCAUACGGCAGGAAGUCAAUGGUGGAAGUCUACUGUGAUAUGAAAAAUGGUGGAUGGACUGUGAUUCAGAAAAGGCAAGACGGUACCACAAAAUUCAUGAAGAAAUGGCGAGACUUUAAAGAAGGAUUUGGAGGCAUUCGUGGGGAGCAUUGGCUUGGAAACGACCAUAUUCACUACCUUACUAAUCAGGACCACUACACCUUGAUGAUUGAACUUACGGACUGGAACAAAACUAAAAAGUUCGCUGAGUACGAUUACUUCAUGGUUGAUGACGAGGAGGAAGGGUACAGACUUCAUAUCGGUGGUUACCAUGGAGACGCAGGUGAUGGCAUGGCAAAGCAUAACAACCACAAAUUCUCAACUACGGACGUAGAUAACGACAAAUUAACGAAAGAAUUCGGAGGAAGCUGUGCCAAACGUUUCAGUGGAGCUUGGUGGUAUUACAAGUGUUACAUGUCAAAUUUAAAUGGGAUCUACUACAGAAACGGCGUAAUACCGCCCAAGCUCUUCGACGGUGUCACUUGGAAACCUUGGACUGGGUCGAACUAUUCCUUGAGAAGUGCUGAGAUGAAAAUUAGACCAAGCAGUCUCACUUAA